GUGAUCAAGAUCGUAUCUAUGACAUUUGAGACGCUACAUUGCAAUAUGGCGGGAGCAGGUGCUAAAACUUUUGUGGACAAAAAGCUAGCUCAAAGAAAAGUUUUAUUGUUCUCUAAGUCAAAUGACCCUGAUUGCAAAGUUGCAAAGAAUAUUUUUACAGAAUUUAACUUAGGACAUGAUAUUUAUGAGGUCGUUGAAAUAGAAAAGAGGCAAGAUUGCACCCAGAUUGAGAACUAUUUCCAAGUUUUAUGUUUGUCUGAUACUCGAGAGGUUCCACAGCUAUUUAUAGAUGGUAAAUACAUUGGAGGAUGGCGAGAGAUCCCACGACUCCAUAAGUCAGGAAAACUGGCAGAAAUGGUAUACAACUGGAAAAAGAAAUGAAAACAAGAAUUCUAGUUCUACAUUUUGUAGUACAAAUGUAGUAAAAUUGUAUGACUAAAUCAGUAAAAAAAUAGUUUUGUACUCAAUUUCAAGGACGUAUAACUAACAUCUAAUAUACGUCCUUGUCAAUUUAUAAAGAAAUUAACUAUUAAUUUUGAUAUAAGUAUGAUGAUAUUGUGUUUUUAGAUGAGUGUCAUUGUUGAGACUGUUAUAACUGAAAGUGAUAUUUGUAUGCCGGUAAUGCAUUUAUAAUUUCUGUGAAGAUUUUUUUUACCUUUAUUUUAUAUAAAAAUGUGUCUAUUUGAUAGUGCUUUUUAACAGAUUGUCAUGCUUUUUAUUUACAGUGUCAAAUGUUUUACCAUACUAUUUUUUGUAUUAACUACUGCACAUUAUUUUAUAAGUUUGUGAUAUUAUACAUGUAGCUUAUACACGUAUUACUCUUCUUUAAAAUAUUUAAUUACAAGCCAUAUUUUUCAGUAGUUUGUUAAUCAGCCAAAUUUAUUUACACUACCACCAUAGUGCCAAAAUGAAAGUAUUGAGAUGAAAUACUGUAAACAUGAUAAAAACAAUUGUGACUAAAUUAAUGUACCCAGAAACAGCAUUAAAGGGGCACUAAUCAAUAGCCAUUCAUUUAUCUAAAAGACUGAUAAUAACAAUUACAGAAGAGUCAUUCCUAAGAAAAGAUUGGUGUAUGUAAUUGACACAUGUAUGAUUGGUUUGUUCUGCUAAAGGUUAUCAGGAAUCAAGUAAAAAUCACUAUAGUAAAUAUAUGCUAUUGUAAGCUAUACAUUAUUGAAUUGAAACUUAACUUAAACUUGUUACAUUUAUAUUUCUAACAUGUGUUAAGAUUUAUUCUUUAAAAAAUAUUUUGAUUCACAAAAUAAAUUGUACCUACAUGUACAUGUAUACAAUGCAUUUUUAAAUGAUUACUGUUUCAUGGCCAAAAUACUUGAAUUAUUCUACAUGUAUCUUGCAAUUUUUGUCCUCCUUUUUAUUUGGAGAUCACAUUUUUUGUUAAAUUGUUUUACACUUCGAAGUAAUUUCAGUGUGUAUUUGAUUGGAGAUAUUAGAAGACUGGUUUUCUGGUUGUAGAAACCUGUUUAAAUAUAUACUUUUAUAAACUGUUGGUACCAGUGUAUAGUUAACAAAAUUAUGUAUCUUUCCAAAUAAUAAUUGUUUACAGAAAUUGUUUUGUUUUGUCUUUCAUACCUUGAGCAUUUACUUCGUAUUAUUAUUUAUACAUGAUUUUUUUAGUUACACAUAUUUGCAAUAUUUUCAAAUAUUCAGAGUUCUGAUUUUUUUAGGAUGAGCAAUAUUGUGUGUAAUACAAGUAAAUGGACACUUUAGUACAUUUAUCUUCACUUUAUAAAUUUAUAUUUACAUGUUUGCUUUUAUCAUAUUUGUAAACGUUUUGUAGUAGACUAUUUUUCUUGUUAAUUAAGAAAAUAAAUUUUAUUUCACACA